AUGGCAGGCGCUGGCAAGGAGAACGUCGACCCUGCCAAGCCAGCCCCCUCCGCGCAAGUCGCUGCAAACGAUCCUGCCGUCGUCAAACCCAUCGUGACAAGAGGGACGAGCAGCCUCUCCUCGCUCGUCAAAGGAUGCAAGGUCUUCGUCGAUCGACCGGCCGACGAAGCCAGGCGGGCAGAGAUCCUAGCCAUACGAGACAGGUCUGCGCGAGCCUAUGGAGCCAGCCGGGGCAUCCUGCGAGGAGCGGCAGCCUCGGGGAGCGACAACUCUGAGCUGCCGGAAGCAGAUCGGCUGGAGUACUACAUCCACUACGUCGAGUUCAACAAGCGCCUCGACGAAUGGGUGCCCGGCAAGAGACUCUUGCUCGACCGCGAUGUCAUCUGGCCCAUGCCUCCCUCGGCCUCGGCAGACGACAAGAAGAGGUCUGGCAGUGCGACACCGAGCAAGAGCCAGAAGGGCUCCCCCGCCACGGCCACCCCGCCCGGCAUACACUCUCUCAAAGGCUCGACGGGAGGCAGCAUGCUCCGCAAGGCAGCCCUCAAGGCAGCCACGGCCGCGGCAGGGCAGAAGCGCAAAGCCGACUCGGAGACGCCUGCGGAGAGUGAGGAUGGUGAUGGCGAGGGCGAGGGCGAGGGAGAGGAAGACGAUGGGGGUUCCGAAGAUGCAGGAGACGGUGGUGCCGUCGUGGCGGUCGAGAUGGUCGAUGACGACGCUGAUGGGGACGGCGAGGAGGCGUCACUCAUGGACGACACACAGUCGCCCGCCGAGCCAGAGACGUUCUCCAAAGAGCAUGAGAUCGAGAAGCUGAGGACGCAGGGCUCGAUGACGCAGUCACACAACGAGAUCUCCCGUGUCAAGAAUCUCGACAAGAUCACCAUGGGCCGCCACGUCGUCGAAGCCUGGUACUUCUCACAGUAUCCUGUCGAGUAUGCCCACAUCCCGAUGCUCUACAUCUGCGAGUUCUGUCUGAGCUUCUUCGCCGCACCCAAGUCACUCGAGCGGCAUCGACACAAGUGCACGCUCCAACACCCGCCAGGCAACGAGAUCUACCGACAUGAGGACAUCAGCUUCUUCGAAAUCGAUGGCAGAAAGCAGAAGACCUGGUGCCGUAACCUCUGCUUGCUCUCGAAAUGCUUUCUCGACCACAAGACGCUCUACUACGACGUAGAUCCGUUUCUGUUCUACUGCAUGUGCCUCCGAGACGACAGAGGCAUGCACCUGAUUGGCUACUUCAGCAAGGAGAAAGAGUCUGCCGAGAACUACAACGUCGCCUGCAUUCUGACACUGCCACAAUACCAACGACUCGGGUUCGGCAAGCUCCUCAUCGAGUUCUCGUACGAGCUCAGCAAGAAGGAGAACAAGCUGGGCAGUCCAGAGAAGCCGCUCUCCGAUCUCGGCUUGCUCAGCUACCGCGCAUACUGGCAAGAGACGAUCAUCGAGCUCUUGCUCAAUACGCCAGAGGAGAUCAGCAUCGAUGAAAUCGCCAACAAGACCGCCAUCACUCACAACGACGUCAUGCAUACCUGCCAGGCGCUGCAGUUGCUCAAGUGGUACAAGAACGCGCACGUCAUAUGUCUCUCUGAUGCGGCUAUCGAGAACCACGAGCGCGCAAAGAAGAAGCGGAGGCGCAAAAUCGUGCCUUCUUCCCUACUUUGGCGUCCGCCCGUCUUUUCAAGAGAGCAGCUCUCGAUGCCACAGGAUGCGGGCGCAGAGGAUAAGCAUCAGCUGCUCCCUGACACGCCGCACAGCAGACUGGCGGUCCCAUCAUCCCAGUCCAGACGUGCGAGCAAUGACGGCUCGACGAGCAGUGGAACGAGCAGCCGGCGUAAAGCCAAGCGAGACAAGCUCUUCAGAGCCGGCUUUGCUCAGGAGAUGAUCAGACAGACCGUACCUUCGCUUCUGCUGGCCACGCUGGGCUCUGUAUUGGCAGGCGAAGUGCUCGCGAGACUCAAGACUUGGACCGUCUUCGUCCGAGUACCGGAGCUCUUCAUCCUCGUCCCGAUCUUGCUCAACCUCAAGGGCAAUCUCGAGCUCUGUCUCGCCGCUCGCUUCUCGACCAGCGCUAACAUUGGCGAGUUAGACGUCAGGAGGACGAGGAGAGCGCUCGUGCUGGGCAAUCUUGCAUUGCUGCAAGUGCAGGGUCUCAUCGUCGCCCUCAUCGCAGGCGUCAUCGCCUUCUUGCUCGGCCUCGCGUCGCGAACCGGUCUACCCUUGCCUGCCAAGGCUGCCCUCGACGAGACCGGCAUCACCGCCAGUACGCGGCCGGGCACUUAUUUUGAGCUCAUCAUGGUACUCUGCGCGGGUAUGCUGGCAGCUAGUCUCAGCAGCGCCGUCACUGGCUCGUUCAUGUGCAGUCUAGUCGUCCUCAGCAGAUGGGCACGCAUCAAUCCAGACAACAUAGCAACCCCGCUCGCUAGUUCGUUCGGCGAUCUCAUCACGCUGACGAUCCUUGCCGUCAUCAGUAGCGCUCUCGUCGGCGUGCUCGGCAGCUUCGUCUCGACCUUUAUCUUUCUGGGCUUGCUACUCUCCAUCGUGCUCCAUUUCUUCGUGACCUUCCGCAAUGCCUACGUACAAGAGCUGCUCUGGAGCGGAUGGAUCCCGCUCAUCACCGCCAUGCUCCUGUCGAGUGCGACGGGCGUGAUCUUGGAGCAUGCCGUCAACAACUUUCGAGGCUACGGUCUCGUGGCAGCUGUCACCACAGCAAUAUGUGGCAACGUGGGCGGCAUCUUUUGCUCGCGCAUCUCGACUUCGCUGCAUGCGUCUCGAGAGGAGAAUCACCUGCUCGUGGCAUCGACCCUCUUCGCAAUCUCGAUGCCCGUCCUGUGCGGCUUCGUGCUCUUCGUCUGGCUCACCAACGGCGCGCGAGUUGGUCUCGUAUUCUGUCUUACCUUUACCGGCGUUGCGGCCGGAACGGCGAAUCCAGUGUUUGCAUCGCUCACCUUUGCCUAUCUGCUCACGAUCCACUUGUGGCGAAACGACUACGAUCCAGACAUCAACGCGCUGCCGCUCAUCACAUCGCUCACAGACGUCGUCGGCCAAGGCUUGCUUGUGCUCGCCUUUUCGCUAUCAUACAAGAGCCUCGGCCCGGAUCCAGAGCUGACGAGCGCGAUCGGCAGCAAUGUCACAUCGAUUGCAAACGCGACCUCUUUCGUCAAUGGGACGGCCGAUUUGCUGACGGCAAAGGCGUUCAUGUCACCCAUGUAUAUGUUGUCACAUUGA